GAUAGAACGCGCUUUCUGGGACCUUACUCAGGGGACCGACACAGUCGAGGAUUACGAGCAGAAUUUUACCUGUAUGAGCGCCUUUGCUCCACAUAUGGUGGACACUGACCUGAAGAAGGCCUCCAAGGAUUGGCCAAAAGGAUGUGGUCCACGAGCUAAACUUAAGCCUAGGAGACACAAGACCAAAAGAGCUCGAAGGCAAGGCAAGGCGAAGGCUAAAGAAGAGAAGUGUUGGUGCAAGCCUUGUUCCAGGAAAAGGCGAGUUCGCAAGAUGGAUAUUCGAAGGCGGGGUAUGAGUAGAAUAGAGGAUGGUUGGAUUUGGAGAGCUGGUGACUGUAUUGGGUUGGAUGGAUGGGAUCCAUGGCCGUCGGGAGAGCUUAAGGGAUCGGGCGAGCAGUUGGAGUCGGUCGACGACAAGGGUGCGAGCACGAGCGAAGAACGCGCAUCGUGCCAUGAUGCACGUGAUAAGGUGGGACACACAGCGUCGA